GCCCGGAGUCUUCAGCCGGUCCUGUCAUUGCGCACGCGCAGUGCCCGGAGUCCUUGGUCGCUCGGCCUGCUGGAGGUGACUGCUGCGUACUGCCUCAGCGAGGGGACACCGACAUAAUGCAGAGCUGGACGCAGGUCUACCGGUCCCUGGUCACGCGGAGCCACCACCUCCCCUGCAAACUGCAUGGAGCGGCAGCCCUGUCCGUCAGGACCUAUGCUGACAAAGCAGCAAUCGAAGCAGACGUCACGGUCGUGGGCUCCGGUCCGGGCGGCUACGUCGCCGCCAUCAAGGCGGCACAGCUGGGAUUCAAGACAGUGUGUGUCGAGAAGAACCCCACACUGGGCGGGACUUGUCUCAACGUCGGCUGCAUCCCUUCCAAGGCUCUGCUGAACAACUCCCACCUGUACCACAUGGCCCAUGGCAAGGACUUUGAGAGCAGAGGCAUUGAGAUUUCAGGCAUCUCGUUGAACUUGGAGAAGAUGAUGGCUCAGAAGAGCGGCGCCGUCAAGGCGCUGACCGGCGGCAUCGCACAUCUCUUCAAACAGAACAAAGUGACCCACGUCAACGGUUUUGGGAGAGUGACCGGUAAGAACCAGGUGACCGCCACGGCGGACGACGGCAGCCAGCAGGUCAUCAACUCCAAGAACAUCCUCAUCGCCACGGGCUCGGAGGUCACGCCCUUCCCCGGGAUCCAGAUCGACGAGGAGAGCAUCGUGUCCUCGACCGGAGCCCUGUCCCUGAAGAAGGUGCCGGAGGAGCUGAUCGUGAUCGGAGCCGGGGUCAUCGGCGUGGAGCUGGGGUCGGUGUGGCAGCGCCUGGGCUCCAAGGUCACGGCGGUGGAGUUCCUGGGCCACGUGGGCGGCAUGGGCAUCGACAUGGAGAUCUCCAAGAACUUCCAGCGCAUCCUGCAGAAGCAGGGCCUCAAGUUCAAGCUCAGCACCAAAGUCCUGGGUGCCACCAGGAGGCCGGACGGGAAGCUGGACGUGGCAGUGGAGGCUGCCGCCGGGGGGAAGAGCGACACCCUGACCUGCGACGUGCUGCUGGUCUGCAUCGGGAGGCGGCCCUUCACCGGAAACCUGGGCCUGGACACGGUCGGCAUCGAGCUGGACAACCGGGGACGCAUCCCCGUCAACGGCCGCUUCCAGACCAAAGUCCCCAGCAUCUAUGCGAUCGGGGACGUGGUCGCCGGGCCCAUGCUGGCCCACAAGGCGGAGGACGAGGGCAUCAUCUGCGUGGAGGGCAUGGCGGGCGGCGCCGUGCACAUCGACUACAACUGUGUGCCGUCGGUCAUCUACACCCACCCCGAGGUGGCCUGGGUGGGCAAGACGGAGGAGCAGCUCAAGGAGGAGGGCGUUCCCUACAAAGUGGGGAAGUUCCCGUUCGCCGCCAACAGUCGAGCUAAAACCAACGCAGACACCGACGGCAUGGUGAAGAUCCUGAGCCACAAGGAGACGGACAGGAUGCUGGGAGCUCACAUCCUGGGGCCUGGGGCAGGAGAGAUGAUCAACGAAGCCGCUUUAGCCAUGGAGUACGGUGCUUCCUGUGAGGAUGUGGCCCGAGUCUGCCACGCCCACCCUACGGUGUCGGAGGCGUUCCGAGAGGCCAACCUGGCGGCGUCCUUCGGUAAAGCCAUUAACUUCUGAGGCGGCGGCGGUGUGUCUGGACGUGUCGGGCUCCUGGCGGCCGCCCCACCCCCUCCCUCGUGUUAUUUAAAUGUUCAGUGGGCGGGGCUGUACAUCGGUUCCUUUGUUCUCUGUAAAAACUCCUCCCUCCUCCAGCCACUAGACAGAACCGGACGGAGCGCUUGGCUUUGUUACACACCAGAGGAUGAUGGGUAAUCGGAGCAGGAAACUGAAGCAGAAGACUCUGCCCACCCUGGUGAUGUCACAGCAGCGUCCUGAAAGUGGGUGGAGUCAGUUUCCUGCUCAGAGGACUUCCUGUGAUUGGCUCUGGGCUUUGCUGCUUGUUUCACAUUGGAAACCAAUAAAGUCCUUUUAAAGACG